CCUCCGGCCCGGCCCGGGCGCGCCCACCCCUCCGGGUCGGCACCUGCCGGGGGCAAUUGAAGAGCCGCGCGAAGUGACCCCAUCUUCGGCGGCAUGAGCCCGCCCCAGCAUCGUAAUCCCGGGGCACAGGCUCGCCCGCGGGCCCGGUCCCCAGCGCCGUCGGCCUGCCGCAUGGUUCCGGACACCGGCACCGCCGCGGAGAGGGCACCGGGCCGACACCUCCCCCAAGGCUCGGCUGAGGGCUCCUAGGUGCUGAUGACACCUAUGCCAGCCAUCUGGACGCUGCGUUCCCACUGCAAACUAGCCCUGCUGCCCGGGCCCAAUGCCGGUCAUGCCCAUCCCGCGGCGGGUGCGCUCCUUCCACGGCCCGCACACCACCUGCCUGCAUGCAGCCUGCGGGCCAGUGAGGACCUCUCACCUGGCCCGCACCAAGUACAACAACUUCGAUGUGUACGUCAAGACCCGCUGGCUCUACGGCUUUAUCCGCUUCCUGCUCUACUUCAGCUGCAGCCUCUUCACAGCGGCCCUCUGGGGCGCUCUGGCCACGCUCUUCUGCCUGCAGUACCUGGGAGUCCGCGUGCUGCUGCGUUUCCAGCUCAAGCUGUCGGUGCUGCUGCUGCUGCUGGGGCGGAGGCGUGUGGACUUCCGCCUCAUGAACGAGCUGCUCAUCUACGGCAUCCAUGUGACCAUGCUGCUAGUUGGGGGUCUGGGCUGGUGCUUCAUGGUCUUUGUGGACAUGUGAGGACCCAGCCUCCAUGGGGCUCUUGAUUGUGCCACAUUUCUUUCCUUGAAGGAUGGGGCUGGUAGGGGCCUCUUUUUGCCCCAUUCCAAAGGUAAGGCCUGAAGCACACACUCCCACUGAGGAGCGAAAAGGGCUGAGACUACUCUGUGAUGGGGACACCACAUCUCCCUGGUGGCUUCUGCGCUACUCUUCCUGUGCAGUUUCCCAAACGUGUGACAUCCCUCUUAGCUUCUCGCCUCUGGUUGCCUGUACGGUUUCAGGUUGUCCAGUG